CUUGAUUGUCUCCUUCGGAUCGGGCGGGCUGCUCCCUUAGCAACAGGCUCUCUCCUUGGUGACUGUAGUCAGGACGACCGGACAACUGUAAAAGCACUGCUAUGAGUGAUCAUAGCUUACAUCAAGACCUUCUGGGUCAGCAGUCAUCCGUUCAUGACAGCGGAGAUUCUCCUAGUGAUGAUUCUGGCUCCCCUACAACGGAGGGCCAGCUAAUGGCUACACCAGGUACACAGGGUGUACAAAUUCAAGUUCUGCAGCAAAGUUCUGACCAGAAUAUAGCUGUCCAGUCAUUGUUAGGGCAAGAAAUAGCUACAGCACAAUUAGCUUUUGCCAACCUUCCAGUCACAAGGCAACAAGAGGUUUUGGCUGCUUGCCAGCAGCAGUUAUUACAGAGUAUACGAUCAACUUUACCAACUGCACAAAGUAUCGUUGUGCCUUCAGCUGUUCAGAAUGUUACUGUUGUUGCCACUAAUUCUUCAAAUCAACCACAAGGACGAAUUUCAGCUCAGUAUGUCACUCCAUUCAAUACCGAUGUCACUCAAGUUAUUACUCAACCAAUAUCAACGACACCAAUAGCUGGUCAUGUUGUUGCAACAACUGGAUAUGAUCUCUCACAAGCACAAUCAAUAUACUCACAGCAGAUCAUGUCAGGAGGAGCUGAUAGAUAUGCAGGACCUAACUCUAUUUCUGCCAGUACUAGAGCUGACCCCCACACUAUAAAAUGGCUUUUAGAUAACUACGAGACAGCUGAGGGGGUUAGCUUACCACGAAGCACACUCUAUAAUCACUACCUUCGUCACUGUGCUGCUAGUAAAAUAGAUGCAAUCAAUGCUGCUAGUUUUGGAAAACUGAUCAGAUCGGUCUUUAUUGGAUUGAAAACAAGAAGACUUGGUACAAGGGGAAACUCUAAGUAUCACUAUUAUGGCAUUCGCAUAAAAAUUGAUUCACCACUCAAUACGUAUCCACAGGAAGAUAGUCCAUCAGUUGCUAUGAGACAACCUACUACAGCUUCAAGGGAGUCUUCUAAUGGUGAUGGCGGAAGUGGUGACGGUGGAAUAGAUUCUGCAGCCAAUCUUACACCCCAUCAGCAGCAUCAGCAAUAUUUGGGAGACCACCGACCAGAAUUGGAUCAAUUUCCUGACCUUGACUGGGAGGGACAAGUUGCUUUAGAUGGAACUGUUUGUUCAAAUGAAGACAUUUCUGAUUUUGUGGCUCUGUAUCGGGAGCAUUGUGAGGCUAUACUUGAUGUUGUAGCUAAUCUCCAGUUUCAAAUGGUUGAAAACUUAUGGCAAGCAUUUUGGGUGGAUACAUCUCGCUCAUCAAGUGACAUACAGGCAGAUGAUGAUCAGGAUCACAGACUCUCCAGAGAAAAGUUGUUUGUACUAACAUCUUGUCAGCCAUUGCUGGAUUAUUUGGUGGCCUGUGACCAUAUCCUCUACCAGUGCAUUGUUAACUUUCUCAUUAGUAAUGUCCUUCGACCAAUACCUGCUACUCUGACACAAUCAAUACGCAAUUUUGCAAAGAAUUUGGAGAACUGGAUGAAUUCUUGUCUAGAAGGUUAUCCUGUCAAGUGUGUUCAGGCUAAGGUAUCAUCAGUAAUUGCUUUCUCGCAAACACUGAGGAGGUAUACUUCUCUCAAUCAUCUGGCACAAGCUGCACGUGCUGUCCUUCAGAAUGCCUCACAAAUUAAUCAAAUGAUUAAUGAUUUAAACCGGGUUGAUUUUGCCAAUGUUCAGGAGCAAGCUGCUUGGGUGUGUCAAUGUGAUGAAGCAUUGGCUUCUCGCCUGGAGAUGGAUUUCAAGAAUACUUUACAGCAGCAGAAUUCACUAGAGCAGUGGGCAGUGUGGCUUGAAGGUGUUGUUACCACUGUUCUACAGCCUCAUGAAGACACUCCUGAAUACCCAAAGGCUGCAAGGCAAUUCUUAUUGAAGUGGUCCUUCUACAGCUCAAUGGUCAUUAGAGAUCUCACUCUACGCAGUGCAGCCAGUUUCGGAUCAUUUCAUCUAAUUCGUCUGUUGUAUGACGAAUACAUGUUUUAUCUUAUUGAGAACAAGGUGGCACGUGCUACAGGGAAAACUCCUAUUGCUGUUAUGACAGAGUUCUCAGCUAUGGCUAAAGCUGGUUUUGAAUCUACAGCUGUUUCAACUUCAAGUUUAGGAACUGCAAACUCAGAUUUGGAAUUAGAGCCUCCAACAAAGAAGCAGCGCACAUAAUUCAUGUGACUCUAUAUCAAACUACUAUUAUUAAUACAACUCUAUUAGCUACGUAUAAUUAUGUAUGACCUUUUAUUUAAAACCUAUAGUUAUACUUUCAUUAAUUUAUUGGACAUCGUAAACAUUACUAUCAUAAUUAUUUUUCUGUAAUUAACUCAGUUUAUUAUUAUUUUAAUCUUAAAGUCUAUUGAAUCUUCAUGCCUUAUU